AUGCAAGCAAAGAAUCUCUUUCCUAACACAUACCUGAUUGUAGGAGUUUGUAGUGAUGAGUUGACACAUAACCUGAAGGGCUUCACAGUGAUGAAUGAGGCAGAACGGUAUGAUGCAGUUCAGCACUGUCGCUACGUAGAUGAGGUGGUGAGGAACGCACCAUGGACACUCACCCCAGAAUUCCUUGAGGAGCACAGGAUUGACUUUGUGGCACAUGAUGACAUCCCUUACUCAUCUGCAGGAAGUGAUGAUGUUUACAAGCACAUAAAAGAAGCAGGAAUGUUUGCACCUACCCAGCGCACAGAAGGGAUCUCUACGUCUGAUAUCAUUACUAGGAUUGUACGGGAUUAUGAUGUCUAUGCCCGCCGAAAUCUUCAGCGUGGUUACACUGCAAAGGAGCUUAAUGUCAGCUUUAUAAAUGAGAAGAAGUACAACCUGCAGGAGCGUGUGGAUAAGGUGAAAAAGAAAGUAAAGGACGUAGAGGAAAAGUCUAAGGAAUUUCUGGAGAAGGUAGAAGUAAAAAGCAUUGAUUUGAUCCAGAAAUGGGAGGAAAAGUCCAGGGAAUUCAUUGGAAACUUCCUGGAAAUGUUUGGCCCAGAGGGAGCUUUGAAACACAUGCUGAAGGAAGGCAAGGGGAGAAUGCUUCAGGCCAUCAGCCCUAAACAAAGCCCCAGCAGCAGUCCUUCUCGGGAACGGUCUCCUUCCCCAUCUUUCCGCUGGCCCUUCUCCAGGUCCUCACCACCAGCAUCUCCAGGCAGAAGGUCUCGAUCUGGACCUGAUGCUUAUGACAUCAGUGAGGAUGAAGAGGACUAA